AUGGAUCCCUCUCCGGGGCCCGACACGCCCACAACGCCCGCUCAUCCCUCUCGCGAUACAUCAUCUGCCGCUUCGCCCACCGAUACUCGUCAUAACCCGACACGCUUCGAGUCGUACUCUGUCUCGCGCGACGAAGGUCUAUCCGAGAGCUUCCAGUCUUUCCAAUCCACGGACACGGUGCGGAGGCGCCCAGAAGCUGGAUACGGUUCCAUUCAGACACAAGGUUCCGCUUCCCAGUAUUUGGCCGACUCGUCUGCCCACGACCGCUCUCACUCUCGUUCUGCCCAAGCUGCCCGAUCUCCCAUGAUGGGCCCCGAACGCCCAAAAGCAAACCGCCCGCGAAAGCCCCCCAUGGCACGGAGACUCUCGACAAACCCUUCUGCGCCGCAUCGCGGUGAAGUCUUCUCUGCCGACGAUGACAUUUACGAGGUUGAGGCUGACGCGGCCGAGCGUCAACAAGAACAACACCGCGGCUUUGGCACGCGCCGCAGAAUCCAGCUGCCGACCACUCUCACCCGCGUCCAGUCGUCUAGAAGCGAGCACGGCGAUGAUGAGGACAACGGACCCCGAACUCCCAGAGCUGAAGAUGUCCUGCCCGAGCAUUCCGAGCACGUCCCUUCUGUCCACGAAGAUGAGGAUGUUGGAGCUGAGUCUGAUGGCGACGUAAGCGAUGCUGAGAGCUUCACGCUCAAAGAUCGCCAGCAAGCCAUCAACGAAACUCAUCCUUUCGGUAUAAGGUUAUGGAAGCCUGCUCUGUACAAGAAGGAUCGUUCGGUGCAGAAGAAUGCCGAGGGAGAUAUCCAUUCCUCCCCUGGUGGUCGAGUCAGCAGUUGGCUCCUCUUUUUCAACCUUCUCUGGACCCUGUUGUUCGGUUGGUGGAUGGCCACCUUCGCCGCUCUUGGUGCCCUAAUUUGCUUCUUGUUUGCAGCAACUCCUAGCGGCAGAGAGUACGGUAGAGUCCUGUGGGGACUGGCCAGCUAUCUCUUCUACCCCUUCGGCAAGUACGUGCGCCUGGAGCAGGACGAGGCGUACUUGGACGAGGAUCAAGGUGAAGGACGAAGCAUUUCCGAGUACGAGCAGUGGCAGAGUGGUGAUCUGGAAUAUGGUCGCCUGUUUUUCGGCCCGGACGGUGCGGAGCACAACCGCUCCAUUGUUGGCCGCUCAAGACGAAGCAUAGAUUCGGAGCCGAGCGAGACAGAUAGCCUACUGGGCCGCACCAGACGCGGUGAGCGAAGCGAGACACCCCCGAGACUCAAGCGUCGUCUUUUCGGACGAGGCCAGUGGAACAUCGGCCGUGUUGUCUUCUUCUUGUUCUUCUACCUGCUGCUGUCGCCAUCUCUCAUCCUGGUCUCCUUGGUCUGUUGGUUCUUGGUGUUCUCCAUUCCCAUGGGUAAAGUCACCAUGCUACUCUUCGACCACCUACGCCGGCACCCGCUGGCGCUCUCGUUCGAAUCCGACAUUAGCCUCGCUCGUACUGCCGAUGCGCCUCACUCAUCCAUCUUGCUGUGCACCUACCGUGCUGUCGGAAUCAAAUACUGGAAGUACACCAUUGACGGAACCAACGUCUUCUUGUUCAACCUCAUGGGCGUUGUCUUCUUCGUCAUCUUCGACUGGCUUGUCUUGGAGCGUGUUCUAGACCUGCAUAUCUUCAUCACCUCGCCAGCAUUCCUCUUCAUCGCAGGUCUGUUCUCCAUCAUCCCUCUUGCCUACUUUAUUGGCCAGGCUGUUGCUUCGAUCUCGGCGCAGUCAUCCAUGGGAGUAGGUGCCGCCAUCAACGCAUUCUUCUCCACUAUUGUCGAAGUCUUUUUGUACUGCGUCGCUCUUAACGAAGGCAAAGGCCAGCUCGUAGAGGGCAGUAUCGUGGGAAGCAUCUUUGCUGGUAUUCUCUUCCUUCCUGGGUUGUCCAUGUGCUUCGGUGCCAUCAAACGCAAGACUCAGCGCUUCAAUGCCAGAUCGGCUGGUGUCACCUCGACCAUGCUUCUGUUCGCCGUUAUCGGUGCCUUCGGUCCGACGCUGUUUUAUCAAAUAUACGGUACUCAUGAGCUCAACUGCUUGGACUGUGUCAACAAUAGCGGUAUUGGGGAUGGCCUCUCACCUGUUGGUGAUGGCCGUGAUUGCCGCCGAUGCUUCUUCUCCCAGACGCCGGCCCUUGACGACCGCUUCUAUCUUGAAGCCGUCAGGCCUUUCUGCUACUUCUGCGCCACCUUGCUGUUCCUUUCUUACAUUGUCGGACUUUGGUUCACUCUGCGGACACACGCAGCCGUUAUCUGGAAUUCCGAGAUUGACGAGAAGAAGCAUGAGGAGGCGCAUGCUCAUGCGCAAGCCGCUGCUAGACAGUCGGGGCCUCACUCUUUCGCAGAAACCACUGGUACCUCUGUCGAUGUUCGCGAUUCUCAUCUGUACAAGCGGAUUCUUGGCCAGUCUCUGAAGCAGGUUGGCUUGAACGCCAAGGGCGAGGAUAUCUCCCGUCAAGGCUCCAUCACCGGCCUGGGACUCAACCCCGGCAACGGCAGCGCCAACACUCCGCACGUAGUACCCCCAAAGAUUGAUGACAGCGAUACUGUCCGGUCGGCUGUUCACAUUCCGGGCUUUUCAGAGGCAGAGAACAACGCCUUGGUUCGCGAGGUCGCCGAGAUGGCCGCUACUGCUGCUACACUUGCUGCACGGGAGCGCAUGCCACGCAGAACCUCGCAGCAGCCUGGUGCCUCAGCCGUACCGACGCCUCGUCCUCCCGCUCUCCGCACUGCGGUCUUCCCCGAGAAUGAGGACCCUGCUGCGGCCAGUGCCGCCCAAGUUCCCCACGGCGGACACGACGCUCCCAACUGGAGCCGAGGCAAGAGUGCUUUCAUCCUCAUGGGCGCUACGGUCUUGUACGCCAUUAUCGCUGAGAUUCUCGUUGAUACCGUAGACGUCGUCUUGGAAGGUUUUGCCAUUGACGAGAAAUUCCUGGGCAUCACUCUCUUUGCUCUGGUUCCUAACACCACGGAAUUCCUGAACGCCAUCUCAUUCGCCAUGAAUGGCAACAUCGCCCUGUCCAUGGAGAUUGGUUCUGCCUAUGCACUCCAAGUUUGCCUGCUUCAAGUCCCAGCUCUUGUGCUGUACUCUGCGUUCUACGCUACAGGAAAUGGUGCCGAGGAUGUGGGUAACCACACUUUCUCCCUGCUCUUCCCUCAAUGGGACAUGGUGACUGUCAUUCUCUGCGUAUUCCUGCUCAGCUACAUGUAUGGCGAAGGAAAGAGCAAUUAUUUCAAGGGUAGCAUCUUAUUGUUGAGCUACCUCGUGGUCAUCGUUGGCUACUAUUUGUCAGGAUACACGGAGGAUGCGAUGAGCGCGAGCCGCUUCGAUAUUAUGGGUGCCGACGGGAAAUACUCUUCGUUCAAGACCAUUGGUCGAAAACGUAGCGGUGUUGCUUUCCACCGUUUUGAGAUGCCGAGCUCCCCACCCGAAUGGACCAAAUUUCUCAUUCCUCUCACUGACCCCAUCUUGCUAUCGAAUUGUCUUGUAUCGGUCACCAUGGCACCCGCUGAACCCUAUGCGAUCCCCUUCCGGCCGAAGGGUGAGGUCCCUCACUUCAAGGAGGAGAGGGAGGGCUGGAAGGGAUACAUUGAAUGGGAGAAGUACCCAGAGAAGAAGAAGCAAGUGGAGGAGAUUAUGAGCCAAUAUGACUUUCCCGACCCGCCUCAGUUCCAAUUAGCCGCUCUGCCCGACAGCAACCCCGUUCUCACCGGAGAGCGAUGGAAGCAGUACCACCAAGCAAUAGGGCUGGGACACAUUCCCGACAUCAGCUGGGACAUUGUCAAGAAGGAAAAGUCCGAAGACAUGAUCCACGUGCUGCAGUUUCCGUACAACGGAGAGCCGCCCCGUAAACGCCUUGUUGAGACCGAACUUACCCCAAACAAAGACCACUUCGUCCGCAACCACGGCGGAAUCCCAGAGGUCGACGCGGAAAAGUACACGCUCGACAUCACCGGUCUCGUCAACGAACCAAAGACGCUCACGCUGCACGAUCUCAAGACUAAGUUCCCGCAUCAAAGCACAGUUGUCUCGCUACAAUGCUCGGGAACCCGCCGCAUCGAACAGAUUCACGAGUACCCCGGUGACGGCGACGAACUCAUCAACGCGCCGUGGGGCGAGGGGGCCAUCGGCACGGCGCGCUGGACGGGCGUGUCGCUCAAGAAGGUGAUCAAGUACUGCGGGGGCCUGAAAGACGGGGCGGGCCACCUCGAGUUCUUCGGGGCGGACACGUACUUCAAGAAGGGCAAGGUGUACAACUACGUCGUCAGCGUGCCGUGGCGCAAGGUCAAGGUGAACGAGGUGCUGCUCGCGUGGGAGAUGAACGGCGAGCCGCUGCCGCGGAUCCACGGGUACCCGCUCAGGGUCGUCGUGUUCGGGUACAUUGGCGCGCGGAGCGUCAAGUGGCUGACGGAGGUCAGGGCCAUCCGGGACGCGAGCGCGGCGCCGGUGCAGAGGAAGGAGUACCUGUACUACACGCCGCAGGUCGGCAAGCAGAACGCAAAGUAUAGCAACGGGUUCUCGAUCCAGGAGAUGCCCGUGUCGUCGGCCAUCAUGGAGCCCAAGGACAUGGACCAGAUCGUGCACGACGGCAAGAUCAAGCUGCGCGGGUGGGCGUACUCUGGCGGCGGGCACUGGCCUGUCCGCGUGGAGGUCAGCGGCGACGGCGGGUCGGUGUGGUACGAGGCGCCGUACGAGAGGAUGAGCAAGAAGUAUUUCCACGCGUGGAGGCUGUGGGAGAUUGAGAUGCCGGUCGACGCGGAGGGGUGGCUUGAGUUUUGCGUGCGGACGUGGGACAAUGCUAUGAAUACGCAGCCUACUUUUGUGAGGUCUGCUUGGAACUGGGACUUGCAUGUCACGUCCUCGGCACACCGGAUCAAGGUGUAUAGCAUGAACAGGUCGAAGCCGCAGACCGCUGCCAGGCUUGCCGAGCUUGAGAGACGAGGCAUUCCCAUCUUGCCUAUUACGCACCCUGUCGAGUUCGAUCUGGAGUCGGAUGAGGAGUAUGAGAGAAACAUGGCGGCUCAGGGAGGGAGAGACCCUGAAGAGUAG